AUGGAGAUCUCAAUCUCUAACUCUAAUUCAUUUGGAGGGCCAUCCAAUAUUAUUGCUCGACCUUGCAUGGCCUAUUUCCGUGGCAAUAAUAGGUUAAGUUUGAUACCAAUUAUUAGUCCCACAACCAAAAAUAUAUUCAAAUCCUCAAACUUUCCUUCAAAAUGCUCAUCAACCAAGGAUUUGAUCAAGCCAGUGAGGAUCAAUGGCCAAAGCAGGUUCUCAAUAUCCUUAUCAUACAAUCAACAUAAUCCCAGUCCUAUCCAGGAUUGCUCUCAAGCUCAAUAUUCUGCUAGUUCCGAUUCAGCACUCGCCAAAACCUCACGUUUUGGAUCCGCUUGCUAUAAAUUCCUGAGGCCCUACGCAGUACAGCAAGCAAUUAUAUCGGCCAUUUGCUUGUUCGCAAGAGUGUUAGUUGAGAAUCCACAGUUUUUUAAAUGGCCUUUGAUGUUUAAGACAUUUCCUGGACUAGUUACUAUAAUACUAGCGCACGCUUAUUAUAUUGGCCUCAAUCAGAUUUAUGAUGCCGAUAUUGAUAGGGUGAACAAACCUUAUUUACCUAUACCAACAGGAGAACUUUCAGAUAGACAAGCAUGGUUUUUAGUAAUAUUUUAUUUACUUUCUGGCUUAUUGAUCAUGUGGUUGAUGAAUGCCGACCUAAUCACUCUGUCGCUCUAUUGCCUCGGUCUUUUUUUUGGCACCUUCUAUUCAGCUCCUCCCUUUAGAUUCAAGAGAUAUUCCCUUGCAACAUCAAUUUUCCUUCCGUUGACGACGGGCGCCAUUCACAAUGUCGGUAUUCUAUACGCUACCAGAGCUUCCAUUGGACUUCCCUUUUGGUGGAGCCCCCCAAUUGUUUUUAUCACUACCUUUGUGACACUGUUUUUCGUGGUCAUUAGCAUCACGAAAGAUCUCACCGAUGUUGAAGGAGACAUGAAGCAUAACAUACAAACAUUUGCGGCAAUAUUCGGACUUAGAAAGAUUGCAUUCUUCUGCACUGGGAUACUACUGGUAAAUUAUAUGGGUGCCAUAGCGGCUGCCAUUUACUUGCCUCAGGUUUUUAAGCGCUACUUAAUGUUACCGGCACAUUCAAUCUUUCCGUUGUGGUUACUUUUUCAGGUUCGGAAGUUGGAUAAAGAAAACUAUAGCAAGGAAGCAUGCGCGAAUUUCUUUCAAUUCCUUUGGAAGCUUCUUAACUUGGAGUAUCUCCUAUUUCCAUUCAUAUAG